AUGGUAUCUCGUCCAAGUAAACGAUCAAGAGUUCUUCGCCUCGAGAAGGCCCCGAGGCAACAUCCUGCAGCCCUUACGCAGCCAAAAGGAGAGAGAAUACUCCGAGACCAACAAAAAAUAGACAAGGGAAAAGGAAGAGAACGCGUAGUUUCAUCUCCCCAAGCAGCCGAUAGACCGUCAUUUCCUUUAGCGUUCAAGAUCGUAGCGGGCUCGUAUGAAAAAUUGUUGUACGGAUUGGAAGCUUCAAGCUCCGUGGAAGGCCUGAGCUAUAAAUUUAGCCUAAAGCCGGUUUUCAUAUUUCCUGCUCACCUUUCAUCAGUGCGCGCAAUAGCGGCUUCUCCACAGGGUGGGAAAUGGCUCGCGACAGGGAGUGGAGAUGAGAUCAUCAAGGUAUGGGACCUCCGGAGGAGGAAAGAAAUUGGAGGCUUGAUGCAGCAUGAAGGGUCUAUAACACACCUUGAGUUUCCUUCUCGCUCUCAUCUCUUAUCUGCUUCAGAAGACGGCACAAUAUGUCUCUUCCACGCUCGUGAUUGGGCGGUACUUCGUGUGUUGAAGGGUCACAAGGGACGUGUCAAUUCACUGGCAGUCCAUCCGUCGGGCAAAGUUGCGCUGAGCGUUGGCAAGGACAAGACAUUACGAAUGUGGGAUCUCAUGCGGGGGAAAGGAUCAGCUAGUACGAAGCUCGGGAAAGAGGCGGAAGUCGUGCGGUGGUCGAUUGAUGGAUCAUUAUUCGUCGUGCUGUCUCAGUCAACUAUGGAUAUUUACUCUAUCGAUAUGACACUCCUACAUUCUAUAACGCAUCCUUCGCGCUUGCAUGACGUCCGGUUUUGUAGGCGAGUUGUUGGCAACGGCGAAGUUUUACUCGUGGCAGCCGAGGACAAGAAAGUUUCUGUUUAUGAUGUUUCCUCUGAUAAAACAGUUAUUCCCAAUAUCAUCGCAGAGAUGAUUGGGCAUACAAACAGAGUUAAAGCAGUGGAAGUGCUUUCCGUAUCUUUACCGACCGCGUAUACGAUACGAUCAUGGACAACUCUCGUCAGCACGAUAUCAUCAGACGGCAGAGUUCGCUUAUACGACAUGGCAAGCGUGCCCGUCUCAACGGAGGGCAAGAUUCAGUUAGAUGCUAUCGCCGAGUAUGACACAAAAGGAUCACGAUUGACAUGUCUCACAAUGGCCGACGGAGAGGUAGUGGACGAUGCAAAUAUCAACGGUAAACGAAAACGUGACGAUGAAGAUAGCGAUGUCGAUGAAAAUGCACUAGAGGAAGAAAUUCUUGAUGAGCAGAACGGAGGUGCCGUAAACAGCUCUUGUGAUGACAGUGAAGAUGAGGAAUAG